AUGAGAGCUUACUUAGAAAAACCAAGAACUACAGUUGGCUGGAAGGGGUUAAUUAAUGAUCCAGAAAUCGAUGGCUCAUUCCAAAUUAACAAGGGUUUGAGAAUUGCCAGAAAGUUAUUCGUAGAUUUGACUGAAAAAUUGCCGAUUGCCGGCGAAAUGUUGGAUACAAUUUCGCCCCAAUUCUUGUCCGAUUUAUUCUCUCUUGGUGCCAUUGGUGCAAGAACUACUGAGUCACAAUUGCAUCGUGAGUUAUCUUCCGGUUUAUCCUUCCCAGUUGGUUUCAAGAAUGGUACAGAUGGUACUUUAGGUGUAGCAAUGGACGCAGUUAGAGCUGCUUCUCAUCCGCACCACUUUUUGUCAGUUACAAAGCCUGGUAUUGUUGCUAUUGUUGGAACAGAUGGUAAUCAAGACUGUUUUGUUAUUUUAAGAGGUGGUAAGAAAGGUACAAAUUUCGAUGAACAAUCUGUAAAGGAGACUAAGGAAGAAUUAAUCAAGAAUAACAUCGUUACAGAACAAAAGUCAGGUCCAAGGAUUAUGGUUGAUUGUUCCCAUGGUAACUCAAGCAAAAAUCACAAAAAUCAACCAUUGGUUGCAGCCGAAAUUGCCAGGCAAAUCAGUAAUGGGGAGGACGGUAUUUGUGGUUUGAUGAUUGAAUCCAAUCUUAUCGAAGGUAGACAAGAUGUGCCACCUGCUGAUAAAGGUGGUAAGGAUGCUUUGAAGUACGGUUGUUCUAUUACUGAUGCUUGCAUCGGUUGGGAAGAUACCGAAUCUGUUUUAGAAGGUUUAUCUAAUGCCGUGAAGGAAAGAAGAAGUUCAAGAAAAUAA